CUUCUCCCUGGUGGACUUGCGGGAAGGGAGAUGAGCUCCCGGGCACCCCUUCCAGGAAGGGAGGAGGGACAGGGCAGCACAGAGCCCCCCAGAGGCAAGAGCCACCCCGGGGCCCCGCAGCAGCAGCCAGCGGGGAGGAGCCUUCCCCAGGGCUCGCUGCCCCACUCCUCCAAGCCGCUCACGUCCUUCCUCAUCCAAGACAUUCUGCGGGACGGUGCGGACCGCGGAGCUGCGGGAAAAGGGAGGAAGAGCCGGGGAUGCUGCGGUGCCUCUAGCCCGGAGCCUGCGCUGGACAGUGCAAGCUCCGCUCCCCGGCAGCCAGCUGGGAAACCCCUCCCUGAAGGGGUCCCCCCGCCACCCUCGGAGCAACCAGGAGAGCCAGACGCAGAGGCACAUACGGAGACCAACCUGUCAGACUGUGAAAACCCUCUGAAAUCCUCAUCGAGCAACCAAAGGACCCCGAAGCAGCAAAAGCGCUCACGGGCAGCCUUCUCCCACACUCAGGUCAUCGAGUUAGAAAGGAAGUUCAGUCACCAGAAGUAUCUGUCCGCCCCGGAGCGAGCCCACCUGGCAAAGAACCUGAAGCUCACUGAAACCCAGGUGAAAAUCUGGUUCCAGAACAGAAGGUACAAAACCAAAAGGAAGCAACUAGCCUCAGAACUCAGUGGACUCGAUAAGAACUCAGUUUUUCCAGUCCUUAAAGCGGAUGAUGUCUCCAAGGCCUCUCUGAUUUCUGUGUAUAACAGCUACCAGUACUAUCCAUACCUGUACUACUUGAAUGGCUGGAGUCCCUCUUUGUGGUAACUACAGCUAAAGACUUCAACUUUUCCAAA